GCGGCCCCGGCCCCGGCCCCGGCCCCGGCCCCGCGAUGCCGCCCGCCCGCGCCGGGUACGUGGCUCCGUGGUGGGUGUCGUGGCUGCACCGCCUGCCCCACCGCGGGCUGCGCCUGCAGAGCGUGCCCGCCGCCUUCCGCCCGCGGGACGCCGACUACCAGCAGUCGCUGCUUUUCCUGGGCUUGGUGUCCGCCGUCUGCCUCGGCCUCAACCUCCUCUUCCUCACUGUGUACCUGAUCUGCCUGUGCUGCUGCAAGAGGGACCAGGACCCUGAGACCAAGCGGCCCCACUCCUGCUGUGUCACCUGGAUGGCCGUCACCGCGGGGCUCAUCUGCUGUGCAGCCGUUGGCAUUGGCUUCUAUGGGAACAGUGAGACCAACGAUGGGGUGUACCAGCUGCUGUAUGCCCUGGACCACGCCAACCACACACUGACCGGCAUCGACUCGCUGGUAGCGGACACCACGCUGCAGAUGCAGGUGGGUCUGGAGCAGCACCUGCAGCGCCUGAACGAGCUCCUGGCGCCACGGGGGGAUUACCUGCAAACCCUCAAGUUCCUGCAGCAGCUCUCGGGCAGCAUCGUGCUGCAGCUCGCGGGGCUGCCCGUGUGGCGCGGCACCAGCACCGACCUCACCGCGCUCGCCGGCCACGUCGCCUACAUUGAGUAUUACCGAUGGCUGGCUUAUCUGCUCUUCUUCAUGCUGGUGCUCACCGUCUGCCUCCUGGCCUGCCUGGGGCUGGCCAAGCGCUCCCGAUGCCUCCUCACCACGAUGCUGUGCUGUGGGCUGCUGACCCUCAUCCUCAGCUGGGCCUCUGUGGCUGUGGACACGGCAGCGGCGGUGGGCACCAGCGACUUCUGCGUGGCCCCAGAUAAGUUCAUCAUGAACCAAACAGAGAGUGACAUCAGUGCGGAGGUGGUUCACUAUUACCUGUACUGUGAGCAGGGCCUGAGCAACCCCUUCCAGCAGGCUCUCACCGUCUUCCAGCGCUCGCUCACUACGAUGCAGAUCCAGAUCCAGGGCCUGAUCCAGUUUGCGCUGCCCGCAUUCCCAACAGCCGAGAAAGACCUUCUGGGGGUGCAGCAGCUCCUCAACUCCUCAGAGACCAGCCUGCACCAGCUCACGGCCAUGCUGGACUGCCGGGGGCUGCACAAGGACUACCUGGAUGCCCUCAUUGGCAUCUGCUACGAUGGGGUGGAGGGUUUGCUCUACCUGGUUCUCUUCUCCUUGCUGGUGGCUGCCUCCUUCUCCACCAUCAUCUGCGCCACACCACGAGCAUGGAAGCUCUUCACUGGACGGGACAGGGACUAUGAUGACAUGGACGAUGAGGACCCCUUCAACCCACAGGCACGGCGCAUCGCCAGCCACAACCCGGCACGGGGGCAGCUCCGCAGCUUCUGCAGCUACAGCAGCAGCCUGGGCAGCCAGAGCAGCCUGCACCCGCCGGCGCAGACCAUCUCCAACGCACCCGUCUCUGAGUACAUGAACCAAGCUGUGCUCUUCGGUGGAAACCCACGCUAUGAGAAUGUGCCCCUCAUCGGCAGAGGCUCUCCUCCCCCCACGUACUCCCCGAGCAUGCGAGCCACCUACCUGUCGGUCACCGAUGAGCACAUCCGGCCCCACAGCACCGAGGUCCCGGCCUAAGCCUGGCCCCGCGCGGCUCCCGGCAGGAGGAGACGGUGCCACCGGCGUUCCUGUGAUGGGAAACCAAAGAGACCCGGGACAGACGUGGUGGGGAGCCCGGCAACGGCCGGAGGAUGAGCCCCGGCGGUGGGGAAGCCCCCGGGCUCCCUUUACCCUCCUCUUUCCCCUUGGCAGCUCCUUCUUUAUCUCAAGUCUUCCUCUCCUAUAGCAGACAGUGACUGG